GCCCUGUACUUUUUUUAAUAAAGGAAUUUCAGUGCUAAAACCAGACUACGUUUUUAAAGGAUAUACGUAUGUUGAGGACUUCACAAGAUACACUCUGCGACGGAGAGUAAUAAAUCUCAAAACCAAAUGGCUGGCCACAGAAUUUUAUUUACAUUGCAAUUGGCUUUCAGCACAUUUUUAUUACAAUCGUGCGAGGGAGUUUGGUACCAUUUUCUAACAGGAAAACCUGAUUCAGAGGAUAAAACGGUGUUCGUGAAUCUCACUAAGUUCCCUAAUGGAACCAUCCAUAGUUAUAAAACCAAAUAUGACGGACAAAAUUGCUAUCAAAUGGGACCAGUUGAAUUGAAAAUGGAAACCAAAACUCAACCAAUGACGUUUAGCAAUGUUUACAAAACCUGCCAUCUCAGCAAUUUAGCAUUGCUGCACAUCCAAAAUCCGAAGGAACCCUAUCAGAUCGUUAAGGUAGAGACUAAAAAUAAUUAUGACGUGAAAAGCGGAAACUGCGUAAGCAGAUCGGGAACUUACUUUGUUGUCCUAACGCAAACCACGAACCCCUCAUCGGACAUGCUGUCGGACAUACGUAACGAUUUGCUGGGACUUGGAAUCGCCUUGCUAAAGAAACAAGAUUUAUCAGUUUGCCCUGUAAACAAGGUUGGACAUAAGAUGUGAUCAUAUCAGAAUAUUAAACAUACGCACAGAAAAAAUUAUACUACAUAACAUAUUAAUAUAAUCUUAUUUAAAGUAUGACAAUUCUUUAGCAUAAACUGAUAAAGGGGUCUAAAUGCUACCUGCGACUAAGGUCAAGUGCUACAUCAUACUCAUCAUUUUAAAUGAAACUAUUAACUGGCAGUACUCAGAAUCUUCCUAAACAUGCUAAAUUCAGAAAAAAAAUACGCAACUGUCGAAAUAAAGUCCUAGACAUGUUUUAUACUUAAGUGAGUUUACAAAGAUAAAAAUAUGAUAGAAAUGCAAGAAUAAAUAGAGGAUAUUCAAUGUUUUGUAGAUGAAUAUGGAAUUUAUUUCACGAGUG